ACGCUUGCAAAAGCAAACGCGUACGGAAAACUCCCAAUGCAAGGCCUUGGUCUCUAGCCGCACCCCUAUCUCCCAUCCGGGCUUAUAAUCCUGGUCUUGAAAUGUCAGCUUUUAUAGCCGCUUUAAGAGAGCUUAUUGCUUGCUCCACAAUGUUCAAAAAGGGGCUGUAGGGUGGUAGCAUUUUCAGCUCUGUAUUGGGCCCGGGUAUCGCAGGGUUGCGAUGUGGUGGCGGUCCAUCUCAAAUAAAUAUCACCCUCUCGUCUGGGUCGAGGUUAAGUCUAGCCUGCGUAAGAAAGUCACUGAACCGCUGUACGUUCAUGCCACCAAUAAUUGCCGAGUGGAAUACAAGACCAUUGAUUGGUGAUAUUGCCAUUGUUACGGUAAUGUUCCUCCCACGCUGCCCGCUAUAGGCUCGCUCUCCUUGUCUCGCCCUCCCGUGACUUCUUGCGGUCCAGAUAUUGUAGCCGCAUUCAUCUACAAAGACCGAAUGAUGCACGACACCACGGUUCAUGAACCAGUUGCCGUAGUCUACUCUCUUCUGUAGAAUGUCAGGUCUGUUCCUUUCCGCUUGGAGGGGCCUUGCCAGCUUUACACGGAACAACAUUCCAUCUAGCGUUCUCGCUACCGUGCGGUCGUGAAUCCUUGGUUUCAAAGGCAGUCACCUUCUUAGUUCUUGAUUGAUACGGCUAAGAGUAAGAAGGCAGUUGUCGUUGAUGAUAUCGUUUAGGCAGUCUCUCAUCUCGUCAUCUACUCUUACGUUAUUUCUUCCACCUCGUGGUCUUUCUUCAAUUCUCCCUUCUCGUAUGUAUCUAGCAACGAUACCACGGGCUGUGGAAGGGUUGACCCCCAAUGUGUCCGCCACCAGGAGAUAAUCUUCCUCUUCAUCUUCGAAUGACCGUAUAAUUCACUCGAGGUGCUCAAAGGGGAUUCUAAUUUUUGGAGGCAUUGCAACGGUACUGGACAAUGGCACGAACUGUACAGUAUUGCCGAAUAGAAAAAAACUGUACAAUGUUGUCUACAUUUAUACCGUUAUUUGGAAAGGGUUGCAUAACCUUUUGUCCGAAUGCGAAAGCUUAUAAAAUAUCUAAUUUGGUAAAAAAAAAAAACACUCAAAUUUUCUAUUGUUUUAUUGAAAAAAGAUUUUUUUUGGUUAAUGAAUGCAAAGAACGUCUAAAUGUUUGUAUAAUCGCACUAAUUUAUGUCAUGUCCGUAUAAAUGGUUGUCUAUAAAUUCAAUUGAAUUCACUCUUUUUGUUAAAGAUGUCAAUAAACACUUAUAAAUAUAAGUCUAUAGAUUUUUUGUUAAUGAUCGAAUAAACACGCAAAUUAAAGUACAAUUUUCGCCUUUGAAACGAAAGGCGCGAAUGACUGUCGAUCUUUGCGAUUGAAUGUUACUGACGAUGUAAAUAUCGCUAAUGAAAAUUGUGUUCACUCAAAUGAGCGCUUUAUGACGAAAAUGAAUGUAUAUUCGCCUUAUUGAUCGUAAAUUGCCGCAAAUGAAUGCAGAUUUCCUGGUAAUGAACAGCAAAAGGUUUAGGUCGCUAUACUGAAAUUAUCUCAUUUCCAUUUGAUUUCUUGCGGCACUAAGACUCGUUAAAGGGUAUAACUAGAACGACUACAGACAAGCUGUAGAAAAAAACUAGAUGGUAUUCGUAGGCGUGUUGUAGACAAGGUUAUAAAUCAACACAAGGUUGAAAGAUUUUCAGAGAGAGUGAGCAUAGCUCCGCCAGCAUGGAAUUGUUCACCUCGUACCACGCCAUCACGGUUAUGUACAGCCUGCUGGCUGCCGGCGCCUUCGUGCUGAACGGGAUUGUCCUCAUCAUCUUCCUCGCCACCAGGUCGUUACGCACCAUCCCCAACAUGAUCCUCUUAAGCAUGGCCUGGGCAGACUGGUUAAUGGCGUGCCUAGCUGAUGCUGUCGGCGCCUAUGCAAAUGCCAACAACUGGCCUUCCAUGGUAGGAGGGCUGUGCGUGUACUAUGGAUUCAUCACCACGGCACUCGGGCUGACCUCCAUGAUUCAUCUGACAGCACUUUCUGUGGAACGCUUUGUGACGGUAACCAUCCCCAUGGUGAGGCCAAUUACCGAGACGCAAAUGCUACUCGUCGUUACAUUCCUUUGGGCGUUCUCCUUCCUCUGGGCUAUUUUCCCACUUGUCGGAUGGUCCUCUUACGGCCCAGAGCCAGGAUACGCGGCCUGUUCCAUCGCCUGGUACCGCCAAGACCUAAACAACAUGUCGUACAUCCUUUGCCUGUUCAUGUUCUUCUUCUUCCUACCCAUCGUCAUCAUGAUCGCUUGCUUCUCCUCGAUCUAUUUUACCGUCAGGAAGUUGACCAGGGACUCCAUGAGAAGAUGGGGAGCCAGCAGCGACUCCACGCAACAGACGCUGGCGGCUGAAAGGAAGACGGCUUGGAUGUCAUUCAUCAUGGUGUUGGCAUUCCUGUUUGCCUGGGUGCCAUACGCUGUAGUGUCCCUCUACGCGAGCUUUGGAGGCGUGACGACCAUUCCCAAGUUGAUGAGCACUCUCCCGGCCAUGUUAGCCAAGACUUCCGCUUGUUAUAACCCCAUCAUCUACUUCUUCAUGUACAGCAAGUUCCGCAAGGCUUUUCAACGGUUCUUCUUCAAAAACGUGAUCAGGCCUUCUCAGACAGGUGGCUCGAGCACAAUCAACUCGGCGUCUGUCAUUCCGACGUCCUUCCCAAGAGCUUCGUAUGCUGCGAGGUCUUCAAGUGCGCUACCAUCAUCAACCGCAUCGCAUUCUUUACCAGGAGCCGUGAAUGAGCUGAAUGUGGAAUAUUUAAAGACGAACAGUGCCAACUAACAACGUCCGCGAUGACAGCAAGGACUGGAAACCAGGUUAUUCUAAAUAAGGGAUCCAAAAUGAUGACCCUUCAUUGUAGGAGUGAAUACAGGCAGUACGCAGUACGUUCUAAUAGAAAAAUAAUGGAAAAAAGAUCAUAUAAUGUUACAGAAAGCUCUAACACGAGUUUCAGACAGUAACGAAAAUUAGCUUUUUGUGGCUAAAGCAAAUAAUGCUAUGAUAAUGGCAAAAAAAAAACUACUCAAACCAUCCCGAUUGAGAAUAUAGUACCGUUGGAAAGGCAGGUGGCUACUCUAUCACAUACAUACUGUAUAUAAAAAAUGCUUGUUGCAUACUUUUUUCAUGGAGUUUAGCAAUGUUUACAUUUUAAAAGGCAGAGAGCGCACGGCUCAUAAAAUACGAUGUCCUAUACACGAGACGAAAAUAUGAUCACUGUUUGUCCGAAAAAAAUAUGGGUCCUUUAGCAUUUCACCUAGGUUUUGAGGAUCGAGUAUCAUUGAAAUUAUCUGUGAUCUAUACGAAUACCCGAAGGACCCAACUUUGAGCAAGGUAGCAAGCAUUUAGUGCGAGGUAGAAUUGCUGUUACCCACACCAAAAUGGUGCCGUGUUUUUGUCAUGCAAUACGAUGAAAUGAAAUGGUUAGAAAAAAUAAAACUGUUCAAAGGGUCUUUAUUUCAUUUACGACUAGUCUGAAAAAUAUGCAUAUUGAAUGCUUUAUAUUAAUAUUUGGUUAGAGCACUGAGAAAACAAAGACGAAAAAAAGGAUUUAGCGAUUAUUACAUCUCUAGUGAGACGGAACAAAAUAUGAUGUUUAGCUACACAGCAAAAAUGUCAAAGCAAAUUAUAUCACUGUUUGUGCAAAAAAAAUGUGGGUCCUUUAGCAUUUCAUCAAGGUUUUGGGGGUUAUACAUUAUCUAAUUUAUAUGUAAGCUAAUAUAUAGAUAUCUAAAGGACCCAUCUUUCAGCGAGAUAAUCAGCAUUUCGUACAACAAGUUUAGUAAACUAUGAUAGCGGCAAUGACACCAUGUUGGGACAUGUAAUGCAAAGUAAAUGGCUUCAAAAUUGCAGAAUCAUUUAAAAUAUCAAUAAGUGGCUACUUUAAAAUGCAAGCAGGAUAUACGUUUAAUAUUUGUAUAAGGUUAUAUUUACAUUUCAAGCCAGCAACCAAGAGGAAAAGCACUUUAUUUUCACGUCUAAUAAAGGUUAAGACGCCGCAUGUAGCCAAAAUUGUUUCCUCCCACAAAAAUACACGCGGGCUCUCGUAGUUCACCUUAUAUGGUGAUCAUUUCGCGCCAACUCGAGCUUUAUCCGUGAGGGGUCUGGGCAAGUAGGUGUUUUAGAGACUGGUAUAUUCAAAAGGCUGUAAAAAAUCGGGGAUUAUGGGAAAUCGGGGCUUUUAGUAAUUAAGAAUUUUCUAUCAUAGGAGAUAUUAGAUGUCGAUGGAUGAACCGUUUUGGAGGAUAUUCCUUCAGAUGCACUUUGAAUUUGUGUCGGAAUAAAGAAAAAAAACUUGAAA